AUGGUACAGAAGCUUGCCAACCUCCUCGUCAGCGCACUGACGGUGGCUACUGGCGUUGUCGGACACGGGCAUGUCAACAACAUUAUCGUCAAUGGGGUGUACUAUGAGGGCUAUGAUCCAACAUCAUUUCCAUACCAACCAAACCCGCCCAUUGUGGUGGGUUGGACGGCUGCCGAUACUGACAACGGUUUCGUUUCACCCGACGCAUAUCAAAGCCCCGAUAUCAUAUGUCACAAGAAUGCCACCAAUGCUCGAGGGCACGCGUCUGUCAAGGCUGGAGACUCUGUGCUGUUCCAGUGGGUGCCUGUUCCGUGGCCACACCCAGGCCCCGUCCUUGACUACUUGGCCAACUGCAAUGGUGGAUGCGAGACUGUGGAUAAGACUACACUUAAAUUCUUCAAGAUUGAUGGCAUUGGCCUCCUCAGUGGCGCAAAUCCGGGCAACUGGGCCUCAGACGUUCUAAUCGCCAACAAUAAUACAUGGGUUGUACAGAUCCCAGAGGAUCUCGAGACGGGCAACUACGUGCUACGCCACGAGAUCAUCGCCCUACACAGCGCCGAGGAAGCGGAUGGCGCCCAAAACUACCCUCAGUGCUUUAAUCUCGCUGUCACAGGCACUGGAUCCCUGCAACCUACCGGUGUCCUAGCGACCGAACUUUACCAAGAGUCAGACCCUGGUAUCCUCUUCAACAUCUACACUAGCCCACUUACCUAUAUUAUGCCUGGUCCUACCGUGGUAUCAGGCCUCCCUUCAAGUGUCGCCCAAGGGAGCUCCACCGCGACAGCCACCAGCAGCGCCACAGUUCCUGGUAAUGUCAGUACUGGAGGGACGAGCAGUAGAACUACAACGGUGCCGAGAUCAACGUCAUCGGCCACAACCAGAGCUAGUUCUUCCUCUACCAUCACUACGUCAGCACCUGCUGGCACUGGAACUCAGACCUUGUAUGGUCAGUGUGGUGGCAGCGGCUACUCUGGCCCUACUAAAUGCGCCUCGCCAGCCGUAUGCACUACCUUGAAUCCCUACUAUGCCCAGUGUCUUAACGGAUAG